UUUUGGAAUAAAGAAAUGUCACUUUUUGCUUUCCCACAAGGCGCCAGCACACCACCACCGUUGCUUCCUAUAUAAAAACGCCAACCCCUCUCUCUCUACUCUCUCUCUCUCUCUCUCUUCUUCCUUUCUCUCUCUUCCCCCAAAAAUCAAAAAAAUUCACACUCUGCAAAUUUGCUCUCUGCAAACAUAAAAGAAAAACAAAGGGGCGAAAGAAUUUUGCAGAAGCAUUUUUACACGGAGGAGAAAAAUCAAGUCUUUGGAUCGAACUUUCCGAUGACGCAGCUGAAGCCGAUACUCUCACACUUGGACCCGAUCAUCCCCUCCUCCACCGGAAAGUUCAAAUCUCCGCCGCCGUACGCCUUCCACCGCCUCCGUUUCCACCCCCGGCUCACCCUCUGGUCCUUCCUCUUCCUCUUCUUCCUCCUCCUCUUCGUCAUCUGCUCCCCUCCCGCCGCCUCCCCGGGCGGCAAGCGCCGCAGCCUCCAGACCACCGGCCACUCCCGCCUGCCCGCAAACUGGGAGGCCAAAGCCCGAAAUUCGGCCCGGCCCGUCUCCAAAUCGGGCCUCACCGUCCUCGUCACCGGCGCCGCGGGCUUCGUCGGGAGCCACGCCGCCCUCGCCCUCAAGAACCGCGGCGACGGCGUGGUGGGCCUCGACAACUUCAACACCUACUACGAGACGGGCCUGAAAAAAGCCCGCAAAACCCUCCUCGACCGCCAGGGCGUCUACAUCAUCGACGCCGAUAUAAACGACGCCGUUCUGCUGGGCAAGCUCUUCGAGAUCGUCCGGUUCAGCCACGUCAUGCACCUCGCCGCGCAGGCCGGAGUCCGGUACGCAAUGCAAAACCCUAGCUCCUACAUCCACAGCAAUGUCAACGGCUUCGUCACCUUACUCGAAGCCUGCAAGAACUCGAACCCUCAGCCCGCAAUUGUAUGGGCCUCGUCGAGCUCCGUUUACGGGCUCAAUUCCAAGGUGCCUUUCUCCGAAAAGGACCGAACCGAUCAGCCCGCCAGCCUGUACGCCGCCACAAAAAAGGCCGGCGAAGAAAUCGCCCACAGUUACAAUCACAUAUACGGGCUCUCGAUAACGGGCCUCCGUUUCUUCACGGUUUACGGGCCGUGGGGCCGGCCCGACAUGGCCUACUAUUUCUUCACUAAAGAUAUAUUACGUGGCAAAGAAAUCAAGAUCUUCGAAGGGGCCGAUCACGCCACCGUGGCUCGCGAUUUCACCUACAUCGACGACGUGGUGAAGGGUUGCUUGUCGGCUUUGGAUACGGCGAAGAAGAGCACCGGAAGCGGCGGGAAGAAGGCGGGCCCGGCCCAAUUGAGGGUUUACAAUUUGGGAAAUACCAGCCCUGUCCCUGUAUCGAAGCUUGUGAGUAUAUUGGAGAAGUUGUUGAAAGUCAAGGCGAAGAAGAAGCUAUUGCCGAUGCCUCGGAAUGGUGACGUCGUGUUCACACACGCGAACAUUACUUUGGCUAGGAAGGAGCUCGGUUAUAAGCCGACCACCGAUUUAGAGACGGGGUUGAAGAAGUUUGUCAAGUGGUACAUUAGUUACUACGGUUCGAAGAAGAAGAGCGCGUGGUGAAAGAAAAACGGUGAAUUUUCUCUCGAUUCUAGAUGAUGAUAUUCUACAUUUUAUUUUAUUUUUUUGUUGUUUCGAAAAUUGGGUGGUUUUUGAAAUGUUUUGCGUUUUUCUCGCUAUUCUCCGUAUAGUCGUUGCGUUAACUAUGAGAACUAGUGCAGCUCUGCAUUUGGUUUAGAUGAUGAUCUAUGUGUUUGUGGACAGAGUAAAUAAUUUCUAUUAAUUGAAUUUACCACAUUUCGUUCGUCUUUUCGUCUUUGUAGGUAAAAGAUUGUACAUUGUUUAAUAAAUAGUAUAGAUGUGCUUCAUUUGUUGACACUUCUUGACUAUAUAUCUAUGAGGUGUUAAUAGACGAGCAUUUCGCUCGAAUGGUCCUUUUCUUCUAUACAU